AUGCUCCAGAACCUGGAUAGGGUGGCCCAAAGGCAGCUCCUGAGGGCCAUAAACGAGGUCUGGGACACUGGCCUGCUUCCGGAGGUCUGGCUGACCGCAGUUGUGGUGCCCAUCAGGAAGCCAGGGCGACCAGCCACGGCCAUCACCUCCUACAGGCCAAUGUCGCUGACGUCCGCGGCCUGUAAGCUGAUGGAGACCAUCGUACUGGGACAGCUGAACUGGAUCGCAGGGGCGGUGGACUUUCUGCCCGAGCAGCAGACCGGCUUCUGUCGGCACCGUUGCACGGCCGACUCGAUCGCCGACGUGAUCUCGACACUGGAGGAGGCCAGAAGUAAUGGGGAGGUGGCCCUCCUCAUACUGCUGGACAUACAGAGCGCAUUCGACGGCCUGCCACACUCGGUCAUCGAGAACGCACUGGACGGACUUGGCGUCGGGGGCUGCCUCAGGCAGUUCGUCAGCUCCUUCCUGAUGGGAAGGACACUCAGGGUGCGAGUCGGACGGACCCUGAGCAGCCCCUGCAGGGUGACCAUGGGCGUCCCCCAGGGCUCGGUGCUAAGCCCAUUUCUCUUUAACACGGCCCUAGCGGGCCGUGUUAAAGCGGGCCCCGCAGCGAUCCCGGCUGACCCAACGUUCCCAACCCAGUGCGCCGUCUAUGCAGACGACGUGGACCUGUGGGCACAUGGACCGAGGCGCAAGCUGCAGUCCAUCCGGUCAUCACUACAGCGAUCCCUGGAUGCAAGGCCCUGCUGGUGCACCCAUCGGCAGCUGCCCGGGUCACUUUCGGGAGGCUGGCGCUGGGAGGCACACCCAUCCCCAUGGAAGAGGGAGGUCACCUAUCUUGGGCUCCAGGUAGACCACCGCCUCACAUGGAUACCUGCUGCCAAGGCCGCCACCACCAAGGCACGCCGCGUAAGAUCGGCAGUUGGACGGCUCCUCCAGCGAGGCAAGGGCUGCGCCACACGAUGGGCCAUCCGGCUGUACCAAGCUGCUGCCACCUCCGUGCUCCUGUAUGCGCUCCCGUUGGCCAAGCUAACGCCGACCCGCAAGAACCAGCGGGAGAUGGAGCACCGGAGGGCCAUCAGGUCGCUCCUGGGCUUGCCACGCAACUCAUCUGUGGCUGCCUCCCUGGCAGAAGCCCAGACCUGGCCACUCCUGCUGCUUAUGCUUCGGCAGGGGCUCCUGCACGUGGACCGGCUUCAUCAAACUACGGAUGGCGACGCCCUGGUGCACAGACUGCGGAGCCGUCCCUCCUCCCGGAUGGGCAGCAUCUGCGCACUGUAUGAAGAGCUGGUUGGGCUUCCGCCCACUGCGGUGAAGCCACCACCCCCCCACCAGCAGCCACUCGAGAUCCACCUCACGCUGGAGGGCAAGCAGAAGCGGAGAACGCCCACGUGCGAGCUCGAGCAGACUGCGCUAUCCAAGCUCCACAACCUGGACGGGCACCUGCACGUCUUCAUGGACGGAUCUGUCCUUCCUUCGAGUGGCUUGGCAACGGCAGCCUGCAUGGUUCUCGCCUUGGGCGAGAGCCUGCAGUACCGCCUUCCAUUUGCGGCGAGCUCCACAGCAGCGGAGCUAGCUGGUCUACGCCUGGCAGCCGACUACCUGGCUGCUCAUCCACCACAGGUCCCGGUGGCCAUCUUCACUGACUCCCGCCCAGCUCUCGAGGGUCUGCUCCAGCCAGACCGAGCAGGCGUCACAGUGGCCCUGCUGUUGGCAAGGCUGACGGCACUGCAGAGGAUAACCGGAAAGGAAGAGGCGGACGCAGCAGCCAAAACAGCCCAUCACGAGCCGGUCCAGGUGAGCACUGCGAUAGCUGCGCCGGACUUCACGAGACACCGUCUCCUGAGACUGCUCACCCAGGCGCACCCGGACAGGCGCGUGGCCCGUAGACAACCACCGAGACCACUCCCCGACACCGGACUCAACAGGCAGGAAAGGACGCUCCUCCUGCGCCUCAGGACCGGAAGCGCAUGGCCUGCUGCACGCAAGUUCAGCGUGGGAUGCGUCUCAUCCCCUGCCUGCCGGAGAUGCGGCUCUCCAGAGACCCUGGAACACAUCAUAUGCCACUGCCCAGACCUCGCGAACCCAAGGCACGCGAUGACAGUGGCAUACAACAACCUCGGCCUUCCAGCCACCACAGAGGAAGACUUCCUCUUCCCCCGCCGCAGUCCCGUCGUAGCUUUGCAAUCAUUCUUGGAGUUUGCUGCUGUGGCGGGACUUGCCUCCCUGUAG